AUGCUUGUGAUCUUCCACACGGAGGAUUUGGUGGAGAAGGUCAAGGCAGGACAGUGGCGGGAGGCGUUCCACUACGUCCGCAACUUCGCUCCCAUAACGCAAUCGAGCAAGGAGGCCGACUUUCUUUCCCUCUUCCUCGAACACCUCAUGGCCAUCAGUGGCUUCGCGGACGGCAACACCAUAGUCGCAGGCAUCGUCUGCGACUGGUUCAGAAGGAUCUACAGGCAUCCUGUGCUCGACAAGAACCCCUUCUUCGCCACAAUCGUUGCCGAUGUCCUCUUCCUGCGCGCACAGCUCCUCAGGAACUCCCUGGAUUGGCAACUGGUCAGGAAGAAGGCAGCAGAGAUGGUCGAGGAGAUGGCCAACAAGACACCCGAGCUCAAGGACAGGAUGCGUUACCCGCGUGGCCAGAACGACCUGUACGACGUAAUGCCCGUUAGGUCCAGCUUUCGUCAAAGGCGUCAAGUGAAGAACUUAGGCCAGAAACAAUCAACAGAACUUGCCCAGUUCUAUCUUCAGCUGAAGAAGAGGCUGCCUUCUUCAAGUCAGCCAGAAACUCAUGCUGAUUCAGGAUCAAAAAGGGGUGAUGGGGAGAUUCUGAUUUCACUACUUGAUAAAGCUUUGCAAGCUGGUAGGCAAAUGGUGUCCAAAGAAGUUUUUCCACUGGAGGCUGCACUGACUGUUAAAGCCAAACCAGACCCCUUCAGCAAACAAGGACAUCAACUUGAAUAUGCAACCAAGCAAGCCAUGAUGCGCUGGAGGUCUCAGGAGUCUCACCGAUGUGCUGCUCAUGCAGGGAAUGAUUCAAAGAGGCCUCGAACAACCAGGAAUUUUGGUGACAGCUAUGCAUAA